ACGUGGUCACGUGACGCGCUCCAACAUGGCGGCGCCGUGGGGCCGCGGCGUCGCUUCCUGACUGGGCGGCGCGGACCGACGCGGCCGGUGCCGGCCGGGACGCCGGGCCCGCGGCCUCGUUCGCCCGCUCGCUCGCGCCGCCCGCCCCCGGGGCUGCCAGCCCCCACCGGGCCGGGGCCAUGCAGGAAAGCCAGACCAAGAGCAUGUUCGUGUCCCGGGCCCUGGAGAAGAUCCUAGCCGACAAGGAGGUGAAGCGGCCCCAGCACUCCCAGCUGCGCAGGGCCUGCCAGGUGGCUCUCGAUGAGAUCAAAGCAGAAAUAGAAAAGCAGAGGCUUGGCGCAGCUGCACCACCAAAGGCAAACUUCAUUGAAGCUGACAAGUAUUUCCUUCCAUUUGAGCUAGCUUGUCAAUCCAAGUCUCCACGAGUGGUCAGCACGUCCCUCGACUGCUUGCAGAAACUCAUCGCUUAUGGGCACAUCACUGGCAAUGCCCCUGACAGCGGAGCCCCAGGGAAGCGGCUGAUCGACAGGAUUGUUGAAACCAUUUGCAAUUGUUUUCAGGGCCCGCAGACCGAUGAAGGGGUUCAGUUACAAAUUAUUAAGGCUCUUCUGACCGCAGUGACUUCCCCACACAUUGAAAUUCAUGAAGGCACUAUCCUGCAGACAGUGAGGACGUGUUACAAUAUCUAUUUGGCCAGCAAAAAUCUCAUCAAUCAAACCACUGCCAAGGCUACCCUUACUCAGAUGCUCAACGUCAUUUUCACCCGCAUGGAAAACCAAGUGUUGCAGGAGGCCAGAGAAUUGGAAAAAACAGUCCAGUCAAAACCCCAGUCCCCUGUGAUCCAAGCUGCAGCAGUAUCCCCAAAGUUCAGUCGUUUGAAGCAGAGCCAGUCACAAAGCAAACCAACAACUCCUGAAAAAACAGAUUUAACCAACGGUGAACAUGCCAAGAGUGAUUCUGGAAAAGUGAGGUCAGAAAAUGGAGAUGCACCGAGAGAAAGAGGCCCGUCAUUAUCAGGGACUGAUGAAGGUGCCCAGGAGGUGGUGAAGGACAUCUUAGAAGAUGUAGUCACAUCUGCCGUUAAAGAAGCAGUGGAAAAGCAUGGUCUGACAGAACCUGAGAGGGUUCUGGGCGAACUGGAGUGCCAGGAAUGUGCUGUUCCCCCCGGAGUGGAUGAAAACUCACAGACCAACGGGAUAGCAGACGACAGGCAGUCCUUGUCAUCAGCGGAUAAUCUGGAAUCAGACACCCAAGGACAUCAAGUGGCUGCUAGGUUCUCUCACAUUCUGCAGAAGGAUGCCUUCCUUGUGUUUCGCUCCCUGUGCAAGCUGUCCAUGAAACCCCUUGGUGAAGGCCCCCCAGAUCCAAAAUCCCAUGAGCUGCGUUCCAAAGUGGUUUCCCUGCAGCUACUCCUCUCUGUGUUGCAAAACGCUGGCCCAGUAUUCCGGACUCACGAGAUGUUCAUCAACGCAAUCAAGCAAUAUCUCUGUGUGGCCUUGUCCAAAAACGGCGUCUCUUCAGUGCCUGAUGUCUUUGAGCUCUCUCUCGCCAUUUUUCUUACUCUUCUUUCAAAUUUUAAAAUGCACUUGAAAAUGCAGAUAGAGGUCUUUUUCAAAGAGAUAUUCCUGAACAUUUUAGAAACAUCAACAAGUUCUUUUGAGCACAGGUGGAUGGUCAUUCAGACUCUGACAAGGAUCUGUGCAGAUGCCCAGUGUGUUGUGGAUAUUUAUGUCAACUACGACUGUGAUUUAAAUGCUGCUAACAUUUUUGAGCGUCUUGUAAAUGAUUUAUCCAAAAUCGCUCAGGGAAGAAGUGGACAUGAGCUGGGAAUGACACCUCUGCAGGAGCUCAGCCUGAGGAAGAAAGGCCUGGAGUGCCUUGUGUCCAUUCUCAAGUGCAUGGUGGAGUGGAGCAAAGACCUGUAUGUGAAUCCCAACCACCAGACCAGCCUCGGUCAGGAGAGGCUCACGGAUCAGGAAAUGGGGGAUGGGAAAGGCCUUGACAUGGCAAGACGGAGCAGCGUGACAUCUAUGGAGUCCACGGUGUCCUCAGGGACCCAGACAACCGUUCAGGAUGACCCGGAGCAAUUUGAGGUCAUCAAGCAACAAAAGGAAAUCAUUGAACAUGGCAUCGAGUUGUUCAACAAGAAACCCAAGAGGGGGAUCCAGUAUCUCCAGGAGCAGGGCAUGCUGGGAACGGCAGUUGAAGAUAUCGCCCAAUUCCUGCACCAGGAGGAGCGCCUCGAUUCUACCCAAGUAGGUGAUUUUCUGGGAGACAGCACAAGGUUCAACAAGGAGGUGAUGUAUGCCUACGUGGAUCAACUUGACUUCUGUGAAAAGGAAUUUGUUUCAGCCCUACGGACAUUCCUAGAAGGUUUCCGCCUACCUGGGGAAGCCCAGAAGAUUGACCGGUUAAUGGAGAAGUUUGCCGCAAGAUACAUAGAGUGCAACCAAGGGCAAACUCUGUUUGCUAGUGCUGACACUGCAUAUGUCCUCGCGUAUUCGAUUAUUAUGCUCACUACAGACUUGCACAGUCCUCAGGUAAAAAACAAAAUGACAAAAGAGCAAUAUAUUAAAAUGAAUCGUGGUAUCAAUGACAGUAAAGAUCUACCAGAAGAGUAUCUCUCAAGCAUCUAUGAAGAGAUAGAAGGCAAGAAAAUUGCAAUGAAAGAAACAAAAGAGCAUACAAUUGCAACCAAAUCUACUAAGCAGAAUGUAGCUAGUGAAAAGCAGCGGCGACUACUGUACAAUCUGGAGAUGGAGCAAAUGGCUAAAACAGCUAAAGCUCUGAUGGAGGCUGUGAGCCAUGCCAAAGCCCCGUUUACAAGUGCCACUCACUUGGACCAUGUCCGGCCAAUGUUCAAACUGGUGUGGACGCCACUGUUGGCAGCCUACAGCAUUGGACUACAGAACUGUGAUGACACUGAAGUGGCCUCACUGUGCCUAGAAGGCAUCAGAUGUGCAAUCCGAAUUGCCUGCAUCUUUGGAAUGCAGCUGGAACGAGAUGCCUAUGUUCAGGCUCUUGCUCGCUUCUCCCUGCUCACAGCCAGCUCCAGCAUCACUGAAAUGAAGCAGAAGAACAUCGACACCAUAAAGACACUUAUUACCGUGGCUCACACAGACGGCAACUACCUGGGGAAUUCCUGGCAUGAGAUCUUGAAGUGCAUCAGCCAGCUGGAGCUCGCUCAGCUGAUAGGAACCGGCGUGAAGACCCGCUACCUAUCUGGGUCUGGGCGAGAAAGAGAAGGCAGCCUGAAGGGCCACACGUUGGCGGGAGAAGAGUUCAUGGGCCUCGGCCUUGGUAAUUUGGUGAGUGGUGGAGUGGAUAAAAGACAGAUGGCCAGCUUCCAGGAGUCGGUUGGUGAGACCAGCUCUCAGAGUGUGGUUGUGGCUGUGGACAGAAUUUUUACUGGAUCUACCAGAUUGGAUGGAAAUGCAAUAGUUGACUUUGUCCGCUGGCUGUGUGCUGUGUCCAUGGAUGAACUGGCUUCCCCCCACCAUCCUCGCAUGUUCAGCUUGCAGAAGAUUGUGGAGAUAUCAUAUUAUAACAUGAAUCGGAUCCGACUGCAGUGGUCCCGAAUAUGGCAUGUGAUUGGAGAUCACUUCAAUAAGGUUGGCUGUAACCCCAAUGAAGAUGUGGCUAUCUUUGCCGUUGACUCAUUAAGGCAGCUCUCCAUGAAGUUUCUUGAGAAGGGUGAAUUAGCCAACUUCCGUUUCCAGAAAGAUUUUCUGAGGCCCUUUGAGCAUAUUAUGAAGAAAAACAGGUCUCCGACCAUCCGGGACAUGGUGAUCCGCUGCAUCGCCCAGAUGGUGAACUCCCAGGCAGCAAACAUCCGCUCAGGUUGGAAGAACAUUUUUGCUGUGUUCCACCAGGCAGCCUCUGAUCACGACGGGAACAUUGUGGAGCUGGCCUUCCAGACCACAGGCCACAUUGUCACAACUAUUUUCCAGCACCAUUUCCCUGCAGCCAUCGAUUCCUUCCAGGACGCUGUGAAGUGCUUGUCGGAGUUCGCCUGCAACGCUGCUUUCCCAGACACGAGCAUGGAAGCCAUCCGGCUCAUCCGCUUCUGUGGGAAAUACGUCUCUGAGAGGCCUCGGGUGCUACAAGAAUACACAAGUGAUGACAUGAAUGUAGCUCCUGGAGACAGAGUCUGGGUCCGAGGCUGGUUCCCCAUCUUAUUUGAGCUUUCCUGCAUCAUUAAUAGAUGCAAGUUGGACGUACGGACAAGAGGACUCACGGUCAUGUUUGAGAUCAUGAAGAGCUAUGGCCAUACCUUUGAAAAGCACUGGUGGCAGGACCUGUUCCGAAUUGUGUUUCGGAUUUUUGACAAUAUGAAGCUUCCUGAGCAACAGUCAGAGAAAUCUGAGUGGAUGACAACAACCUGCAAUCAUGCACUUUAUGCUAUUUGUGAUGUAUUUACCCAGUUUUAUGAAGCUUUGAAUGAAGUUCUUCUUUCUGAUGUAUUUUCACAAUUGCAGUGGUGUGUAAAGCAAGAUAAUGAACAAUUGGCUCGAUCAGGUACAAAUUGUUUAGAAAACUUAGUAAUAUCCAAUGGAGAGAAAUUCAGCCCUGAUGUUUGGGAUGAAACAUGCAACUGUAUGUUGGAUAUUUUCAAAACAACUAUCCCACAUGUUUUGCUGACAUGGAGACCUGUAGGAAUGGAGGAAGAUUCAUCAGAAAAACAUUUGGAUGUGGAUCUGGAUCGCCAGUCUUUAAGCAGCAUAGAUAAAAAUGCCUCUGAGAGAGGCCAGAGCCAGCUCUCUAACCCAACAGAUGACAGCUGGAAGGGCAGACCAUAUGCAAAUCAGAAACUGUUUGCCAGCCUCCUCAUCAAGUGUGUGGUCCAGUUGGAACUGAUACAGACCAUCGACAACAUCGUGUUCUACCCGGCGACGAGCAAAAAGGAGGAUGCAGAGCACAUGGUUGCUGCCCAGCAAGACACACUGGAUGCAGAUAUCCACAUAGAGACAGAGGAUCAGGGCAUGUAUAAGUACAUGUCUUCCCAGCACCUCUUCAAGCUGUUGGACUGCUUGCAGGAGUCCCAUUCAUUCUCAAAGGCCUUCAACUCCAAUUACGAGCAGCGGACUGUCCUUUGGCGGGCAGGUUUUAAGGGCAAAUCUAAACCCAAUCUUCUAAAACAAGAAACCAGCAGCCUGGCUUGUUGUUUGAGGAUCCUGUUUCGAAUGUAUGUUGAUGAGAACCGCAGGGAUUCCUGGGAAGAAAUACAGCAGCGACUUUUAACUGUGUGCAGUGAAGCUCUUGCCUAUUUCAUCACGGUGAAUUCUGAAAGCCAUCGGGAGGCCUGGACAAGUCUCCUGUUGUUACUUCUAACUAAAACCCUCAAAAUAAAUGAUGAAAAGUUCAAAGCACAUGCUUCAAUGUACUACCCCUACUUGUGUGAGAUUAUGCAGUUUGACUUGAUCCCUGAGCUCCGAGCAGUUCUGCGGAAGUUCUUCCUACGGAUAGGUGUUGUGUAUAAGAUAUGGAUUCCAGAAGAGCCAUCACAGGUACCAGCAACACAGUCUUCAGUGUGGUAGCCCUGGUCCCUCUGGGCCACUGCUGCAGCUCUGCAGAAUGUUCACCAUGCCAUCUCUGACUGGCACGUCCUGGGAAGGGUCAUAGAAACAAGGAGUAGGCAUCUUGGAUCUCAGAAUGGCCGGGAUAAGGAUGGCCUCUAUGCCGGUCCCAUCACAGUCCCUGACUUAAGGCUUGUGGUAUUUUAUUAAACUGUUGCGUACCCAGUUAACACAGCCUUGAAAAAUGUUUGGUUUUGGCCAGCAGAACUCUCAUCUACUUUUUUCUUCAUCUCUGUCAUUCCAUUUUACUGAUUAAACUGUCAAAUCUGUCAUUGCAAAUGUCAUCAUUUUCUAGCAAAGUCCCAUGAUUGGCUAUAAAUGUUUUGUCAGAAGAAGUCACUCUCCUUGAAAAUACUGAACAUAGUUAUAUAGGUUCGUGAUUAUUAGAGAGUAUGUUAAUAAAACUUCUUAUAACGGCUAACUGCCAUCUAAAAUAUGCUGGGGUUUUUUGUUGUCGUUUGAGUGUGUUAGAGAAGUUUGAGUAUUUUUGUCAGUUAUGAGUCAGCUGUAGUUAGAUUAGUUUGGGGAAAGGUAGGGAAAGGAAGAGUUGUUUUCUGUGUUUUGUUAAUGUCCGAGUGAUUUUUAAAGUAUUUUACAAAAAGAUAUUAUUGAAGAUUUGAUUGAAGGCAGAGUUUAGUAAUUAAGUUAGAAUUAAGAGCUUGCAAGGUUAAAAAAAAUGUAGUGCCUUGUGGCGCUCCCUGUUUUAGUAACUUGGGGAGGACAAGUCUAUAGGAAAAAGUAAAAAAUUUAAUGAAGAUGAUUAGCCUUCCUUGAAGUAAGUAUUUGUGGAUGGGUAUUAAAUUAAAAUUUCCAGAAUACACUGUCCAUCUCACAUACUCUGAAAUCUAAUAUAUGAAGUAGUACUAAAAAUGAAGUAGUAAUUUAACCAGAGUUCAUUUAUCUUUGAGUAAACCUUUUUAUUUUUACCUCAGAAGAGUGUACUGAUGGUUAGUAGCGCUGCUUUGCACAGUCCCCAUUACAGGGCCCUGGAGGAGGGACAGUAACUGUGCAUGAGUCAAAUGUCCUGGGUGGAACCAGCGCCAUCCUGGGGCCAGCACAGCUGAACUGUGACAACGGUGGGAGAUGGCGUGUGCCCAGCACGUCUGUUAAUUUGAGCCUCGGAGCUGAAUUCUUUCGCAGGGUUAGAUUCUGAGGUCCUUAGUAUGUUAAUGAUGGUGCAAUACUCUAAACUGCAGUAGAACUGAAUUCUGAUGCAGCUUGUGUAUAAGUGGGCAGUAUGCAAGUACAGCCCGAAGCCUGCGAGCAGUGUAUUUGGAAGCUUAAUUUAUUCUGAGUCCAUGAGAAAGAGAACACGUACGUCAUCCUCUGCUGUCAUCCACUGCUUGCCCAGAACAGCACGGAGCAUUAGAAGAAGUGUUACACAGAGUGAUUAAAACAUUCAGACUUCUACCUGACACUCUUUAGUCCUAUAAAUUGGGUUGUAUUGAUGUCAACUCUGGUGCCUUAGAAGUUAGUAGUUUGGGAACCUAUCUGUAAGAUCGGGUAUUUUUUCUUUUUAGAGAAGGAUUUCUGGUGCUUUUGCUUGCUAAGAGACCAAUUUCUUAAGUUUGUUUUGUUUUUGUUUUUAGCAGCCUUGAGAAACGUUUAGUUUUAGCCAGCAGAACUCUUGUCUACUUUUUUCUUUCCCAAAAAGUAUUUUAAUUUUUCUACCAAAGAAAAAAAGAGCAGGUUUAGGUUUUUACAUUAUUUACGUACAUUGGAUAAGACGAGCUAUGUAAUUUAGCAGGAAAAAACUAUGGGAGAAUAUUUGUGAAUGGCAAAUGUUAGCACACUGGACUUAAGUUGUCCUGGAAUCUGUUAGAUCUUUACACUGCACCAGGAAACCUGCUUUCCCUAGUAUCCUAGUUUAUCACAGCCUCAGCAAAUCAGUCAUCUAUCUCCAUUGAUUUUUGUACUAAAGGUAUAAAUGGGAAAUAUGCAUGUUCAUUCAUUAAGUACAUCUUGCAUACAGCUAUAUUCCUGAUUAGUGAUUUUUCCUUUCCUUCUGAGGUUCUCAUGUGGCAUUUUCUUCAUUGAAUGUGACUGCAAGAUUUUUUGAGUGCAUUCCUGCCGUCUCUUUAAUUUUUUCCUCUCGCAGGGUAGGGAAUGUGUCAGUACAUUUUAUUACUUGCUGAAACAUUCAGGCUUGAAUUUCUUAAUUUUGUCUUUUCAAAGAUUUAAUUUUCUGAAUGAGGCAUUUUAAUUGUACCAGCAAUGGACUUUUAAAAAAACUGGAUGUAAAACCAUUCAGGGUAAUUUUUCUUGUCAGCGGACAGUGACAAACAGAGGAAAUUUUUCCAGUAAUAAGCCAUUCCACUUAAAUUCUUUUUUGUGAAUAAAUCUGUUCUUUCUCAUGGUAAAUGUGGCUUGUGCCACUCAAACACUAGUGAAAAGGGUGUGUGCGACUCUGCAACAUCGGGCCAGGAUACCAUUCAUAUAACAGAGUUAUGGAGGAGAGUGAAGCAUUUUUUUCCAAGGCCUUAUUUCUUUUUCAGAAUGCUUUAAGUGUUGAUUAUAUGUUCUGGGUCUCUACAGAAGUUUUUAUUUGUUAUAAUACUGCUGCUUUGAGCAAUUUUUUCUUCAUUGUCUGUUAGGGAAAUCACCAGCUCUGGCAUCUUAACAACAAACCAUGGAUGGGAAAUUUUAUUUCUAAUAUGCAUCUUUAGAGUCAAAUACACCUUUUCCCUGUACUCCUCACAUAUGACCAAAGAACAUACAUUAUGAAAAUUGUAUAAUAAUAUCUGGAAACACAACAUUUUCCUCUGAAAGGUGACUUUUGUACAAAAUGCAAAAAAAAAAAGCCUAAACUUUUUUUGUUCUUUUGUGAUUAUGGCUAUACAUUUAGUAGUCUUUAUUAAAGGAACUGCUGACAAGUGAAAGUAUGAUAAUCUCAUUCAAAUGUUUGUUGUUAUGAUGCAAAUGGAUAUUGGUUUCAAUAGAAGCUGGAUCCUUAAUACUACAUUUUCUGAAUUCUGUUUCAAUAUUUGUGUUAAAGUAGACAUAGCUCGAACUUACAUGAAAUCCUACAGAUUUGUUAUUAGCAGCUUUGCAAUUUGGGAAACAAAGAAACCAAAGCUGAAUAUUUUAAAGAAUGAAUACAUCUGGAAGUCUUUGCUCUCCAAAAAAAAAAAGAAAAAAACAAAACACUCUUUAUCAAAGGUGUAGUUUUUCUCAGUGUUCUAAUUUUUAAAAAAUUUUAUCUUCAUAUUUGCAUAAAAUAUUUCUUUAUGUGCAAAAUGUAUGUUUUACCUCCAUAAAAUGCCUAAAAGUUAGUUAAUAGUUACUUUGGUUUAAUCUAUACACAAUGAUUAAGUGCAUUUAAUAUUAGUAAUUUAAUGAAAAGCAUUCCUUGCCCAAUGGAUGUAUACAUUUUUGAAAGAAUAAGCAGAAUUAUAUAAUAUGAAAUGCUGUGUAAAUUUUUCUAUGUAAAAAUAUUAUGUAUAAUACUGUUAAAAUAUCCCAUGCUUUGAUCAGGUGGUAAAUCAAUAAAGUUUUAAAAAAUAUAGCUGUUUUUAAUGUAGUAAUUAAAAAAAUGUAUAUAAAGCCA